AAAUUGAACAACACUCAUUACAUUGUAUUGAAAGGAGAAGGGGCGAGAUAUAUGAUAAUGUUAAAAAUAAAAAAUUAUUAUUUCUUUUUGAAAUAGCAAAUAUAUAAUCAUUAUUGCAGUUGUAAAUGUAGAUACGAAACAGUGAGCUAAACAGUUCCAACAUGAUGGAGGUGCACACAUGGAUGUCAGAAAUCAUUAUGGCCAGGAGAUGAGAGCUAAAAGUUAACUGAUCAAAGGAGAUUUUUAUUUUCAAAUUGUCCAUAGCAUGUGGAUGAAAUGUUAUGGUGUGUAAUCUUCACAAAAGUUAAAUCAAAUCCGCCUAAAGCUGAAAAACAUUACUAAAUCAAACUUCAGAAUCUGCAUGAGUAAUUGUACUGUUGAUGUGAGAACAGUGUGAUAGUCCAUUUAGACACAAUGUCAGCCUUUAGUACUGCCGACGAAAUAGUCAUUCAGAGGAAAAUUGAUGCUGCAAAACUACAGUCAUCUACUGCCAGCAGUGAUAUAGAGGAUGUGUAUGAAAUUCCAAGGUGUGCCAAAUGGAUAACAAGCAAUGGUUUUGAAAGGGUUGCUCUCCAGUUUCCAGAUAAGAUAAUGAGAGAUGCAGCUCGAGUUGCUGAAAGCCUAGAAAGAGAAACCAACAAGAAAAUAGCUAUACUAGGGGACACUUCAUAUGGCAGUUGUUGUGUGGAUGAAGUGGCAGCAGAGCAUUUUUCAGCAGACAGCAUCAUUCACUUCGGUCAGGCGUGUCUGAGUCCGACCAAGCGUCUCCCUGUGUUGUAUGUGUUUGGUCAUCAGGAAAUUGAUGUAACAGACUGCAUAGAGAAGUUCCGCAGUUUGUAUUCUGCUGAGGAUAAUGUCGUCCUGAUUUAUGACACAGAAUAUGCAUAUGUUGCAGAAUCAAUUUCCAGUCAACUGAUACCAACUUUCAAGAAUUUGACAGUAUCACAGCUAGAUCUUCCAAGCUCAGACUUACAAUCUUUAUGUUCAGAAAAUACUACCUCUAUUCAAGAGAGGAGGACUGAUAUAAACAGUACAGCACCUGUCAGUACGGAUUCUCAGACUCCAGUUUUCAGUAAAUGUGGGAGACUAUUUCCCAACUUGAGUGAUCAGGAAUUUAACGAGUCCAGAAAAAUAUUUUAUAUUGGAGAGGAGAGUCUGACAUUAUCAAACUUGAUGAUAACAUUUAACAAAUGUACAUUCUGUUGUUAUAAUCCAGCACUAAAAGAAAUUGUGAAAGAAAAUGUAAGGAGCAGCAAGGCCCUGAUGAAGCGCUUUCACAUGGUAGAGAGAGCUAAAGAUGCCAGUAUUGUCGGCAUAGUGGUUGGAACGCUGGGAGUAGUGAACUAUCUAAACAUUAUCAACAGACUGAAAGAUAUGAUCAAGAAAGCUGGGAAAAAGAGCUAUACUUUUGUAGUGGGCAAACUUAAUGUUCCAAAAUUGGCAAACUUCAUGGAGAUUGAUGUGUUUGUUUUGGUGGCCUGCCCAGAGAACAGUCUGUUAGACAGCUCUGAGUUUUACAAGCCUGUUGUUACUCCAUUUGAGAUGGAACUUGCUUGUAACAGUAACUUGGAGUGGGAUGGGAACUAUGUCACCAACUUUGCAGACCUUUUACCAGGAGGAUCAUCAUACCGAGAGCUAGUCGUUCCUGAUGAAGAAGUGGCAGAUGUAUCCUUGGUGACAGGGAAGAUGAGAAAUAUAGGUGUGUCUAAAAAUCAGCCAGAGACCACGUCUUCUGUUGUCCUUCGUAGUCAGGCUCUGGGUGUGUCCACAAUAAAAGCUGACUCAGCAGGUUCAACAGAUGUCAAACUUUGGUAG